AAGCUCUGAGGGAAGAAAGAGCCGGUCAUUCACUAUUGAACGCGCGCGAGCGAAGGCACAGGAAAGCCGUGACAGUGAAAUUUACAGGAAUAUUUAUAUCUUUCGGGUAUUUUUUUUUAAAGUCCGUCUCUUAUUGUAGAUAUCUUUGGAAAUAUCUGCAGUGUGUCACAUCUUUUACACGUUUGAGAAACGCUGAGGACGAAUUUCCAGAAGGGCCAUGAGGGCACAAGCGUGACCGUCGUGUCCCAGAGUGACGUGUAAAGGAGGGGGAUGCUUGAGGAGGAGGACAUGGAGGCGACAGGAGAAGUAAGCCUGAUGGCUGAGGUGGACCGCCUCUCUGCCGAGCUCCAAGAGGCCAACGAGGAGAAGCUGCAGGCGGCGCGCUAUGGCCUUGCUGUGUUGGAGGAGAGCGCCAUUCUCAAGACCAAACAUGGCCAGCUGGAGGAGGAGCACGAGGCCCUCAAGCUGGAGGUGCAGCAGCUUCGUGAGGCCCUGGCCGACUCAGUGAGCAGUCAUAAACGUUCCACAGCAGAUGGACAGUGUCGAGAAGAGAAUCUGCUACAGGAGACAGCCAGUAAGGAGGCUGCCAUGGCAACACGUAUGGAUGAGCUGCAGGCGGAGCUAAAGCAGACCCGAAUGGCCCUGGCCAAUAGCAUGGCUGAAAACGAGAGGUUGGGCGGUCUUUCCUCUCAGCUGAAGAAGGAGUGUGAAGGUUUGGAGGCUGAGAAGGCUCGAGUCAGAGAGGAGUUGAAAGAAUUUAAGGUUCGUGAACUGCAGCAGCUUCAGGACAACACAGAACUGGAGGAAGAGAACAUCUCUCUGCAGAAACAAGUGUCUUUGCUCAAAGAGAACCAGGUGGAGUUUGAGGCUCUGAAGGUGGAACUUUCACAGAAGGAUGAAGAACAGGAGCUCCUGCGAGCACAGAUGGAGGAGGCCGGCCGGCUGAAAGAGAUUGCAGAGAGGCAGCUGGACGAGGCCCUCGAGGCUCUAAAGGAUGAGCGCGAGCAGAAGAACAGUUUAAAACGUGAUCUAGCUGCUCACACGCUCAACCCUUUUGACUCUGUGGUGCACCUAGACCUGCAGUUAGAUGACAGCCUGGAUGGAGAUAGGGCAGCAGAGGAGAAGGAGCGGGGAGAUAAAGAUGAAGAAGAGCAGGACAGUGGCUACAACCACUCAAAAGGAAGCGAGAAGCAGCGCUGCUCAACUCCCAGGAGCAGUGACAUCUUCCUACGGCCUCAGGCUCCCGGGCUUGUGGCUGACCUGCUGAGCGAGCUCCAUCUGUCUGACACUCAGAAGCUCAAACAGCAGCUGCUGCAGGUAGAGAGGGAGAAAGCAGCUUUGGUCAGUUCAGUCCAAGAUCUUCAAGAGUCACUGGCCCAAUCUAAAGUAGCUCUGGAUGAGCACAAAGUGAAAGUGGAGCAGCUCUCACAGCGUCUGGAGGUACUGCAGGGUUGCCCCCCUUCCACCCCCCAGUCUGGAACAAAAACCCAGGAGCAGAAUGGAAAUAGUGAGCUGGACAAUGAUGAAGAUCUAGAGCUGGAUGCCAAGAGUGCAGAGGUGCUGGAAAAGCGCAUGCGAGCAGCAAAUGCUGAGCUCAUGCAGCUACGUGACGAGUUGAAGGAGGCAGGCGAGCGCUGCAGGUCCCUGGAAGAGCGUCACCUACAAGAGAAGGAGCGCUGGAGAGCCGAGGCACAGGAACUUGCUGACAAGAUCCGCCAGUGCAUUGCUGCCAGCAGACAUGACCAGGAGCGAAUCGGGCAGCUGGAGAUAGAGAUCGGAGCCACUCGCCGUGUUGCCAACGACUCCGAAUGCCACCUGAGCGCCACACAAGAGGAGCUGCUGGCCUUCUCUGAAGAGCUGGCCAACCUUUACCACCAUGUUUGCAUGUGCAACAACCUCACACCACGUCGUGUUACCCUGGACUACUAUCGUGAUGGAGCACGAGGAGGGAAAAGGCAUCACCAUGGAUCCUUCCGGAAGCAGAGAAGGUCAGGAGAGGCGUUGGGGAAGGGAGCACAUAGCGUAGAGUUGGACAUCACAACAGCCAAUGGAGAUGCCUCUACAAGCUGUGGAAGUGGCCCCAGCUCUCCAACAUUGGACUUCAGGGAUCCCACUAACGUGCGCAACCUGGUGGCUGUUAUUCGCUGCCAGAUUAAACACCUCCAGGUGGCUGUUGACCUGUGCAGGCAGCGUGGUGCCUUACCCUCCUCUGCUUUAGGGGGCAGUAAUGAAUCAGACCGUGAAGCUCUGCUCGAAGAGGUGCUGAAGCUCAAAUCUCUUUUAAGCACCAAAAGGGAGCAGAUCGCCACACUCAGGACUGUCCUAAAGGCAAACAAACAGACUGCUGAGUUGGCUCUGAGCAACCUGAAGACCAAGUACGAGACGGAGAAAACCGUGGUGUCUGAGACCAUGUUCAAGCUGAGGAACGAGCUGAAGGCUCUAAAGGAGGACGCUGCUACUUUCUCUUCACUGCGGGUCAUGUUUGCGAGCAGAUGUGACCAGUAUGUGACUCAAUUAGACGAGAUGCAGAGACAGCUGGCUGCUGCAGAGGAUGAAAAGAAGACCCUGAAUUCACUCCUGCGCAUGGCUAUCCAACAGAAGCUAGCCCUGACUCAGCGGCUGGAGGACCUGGAGACUCCACUGCAUGUCCACAGUAAUGGAGGCAGCCCACGCCGCUCCCGUGCCAAGCAGCUGGCCACCAAGUCAGGAAGAGCUCCACGGAGCCCCAUGAGAAGCAGUCCACGUGCCAGCCCUGUGUUGGUAUCAUCAUCAGGCACUCAGAGUGCAAGCAGCCAUCUGAAGGUGCUCUCACGCAGCCUCCACGGCAGCCCUCGAUGAAUGCUUCAUUCCUCCUGUCCUGCUCCAGUGUGUGUGGGCCGUGUUCAUGCCCAGGCCCGACCCGACCCGACAUCCACUUCAUCCCACUCCAAAACACAUCGGGCUCCUCUUGUGCUUAUUCUCGUCUCAUCUAUCUUUCUGUCUUAUUGUCCGUUCUCCAUGUCCUCUACCUCACUUUUUCUACUUCUCCCUCUCACUGUCUCUGUCUGAUUGCCUCGCUGAAGUGUUGUGCAGCUUUGAGGAACUGAAAGCUCACAGAAGCCUCAUCUCAUUUCACAAUGAGCUUUCUGGAGGAAGGCAAGUUAUGAAGCUUGCUUUCAGUCUCCUGGACAUUGUAACACACCAAACCCUCUCGAAAGGUCCAAUUUGUGUUUAAAACAAACAUACCCAACAACAUUCCUGUUUUGUGUUGAGCUGCUGUCUUCAGAGACGGUGUUAUGUAUGAAGGACAUUAGAGCCUGCUUUAAACUGUAGAAUGACUGACAGCCCCGACAGUAUUAGUGCACAAUUGAGGCUUGUUCAGAACGAUGAUGAUGGUGGUGAUGAUGAAUGACUGUUUUAAUUUUCAAGCAGAUUCCAUUCCCUACUUCAUCAUAGAUUAAAUGCACUGCUGCCUAAUCUUUGUCCUGCAGACUUAUACUAGAAUAGAUAAUAAGAGAACCUUCAUCUGCUGUACUGUACAUUCAGUAGAGUUGUUACGGUUUCAUGGUAUAAAAUGACUGUCAGUUACCACCAUCCAGUUUAGUUUUAUUUACCCAAGCAAGUGGUUUUUUUUUGUUUUGUUUUUUUUUGUUUUUUUAAUCAGUUUUGGGUCCAUCUGCAACACCCCAAAAAACUUUCAGAAGCCUCUCCUUCAGGACUGACAUCCACCUGUGUUACUGAGCACAGAGACAUGUGUUAGCUGUGUGUAAUCCACCGCUGCUGUAUCCAUGUUGCAUUGCUACCUCUGCUCAUCCCCUUAGUGUUGCUAACAUCAUCAUACACAGUGCAUUCAACAUCAUGACCGCUGACCAGAGCCAAACUUGAACAACAAUUUUUUGGCCAAGCUACGACUUUUUCUCAUAGCCACACUCUUUCAGCUUAUAAAAGCAACCAGAUAAAUACAGAAUGUGUUCAUGGAAAAAUUGUUCACACAAAUAUUGUUUUCUAUUUGGAAUUUUUUUUUUUUUUUUUUUUUUUUUUUUUUUUUUUUUGUCGUCCUGGAUUUUUGUAUGCAGAGAGACUUUUGUACAAAAUCUUUUGUCAUCACAUAUUUUUCUGUUCAUUUCCGCCACCAGCUCGUGUGUUUUUAUAUGCUACACUGGUACAGAGAAAGCGUGCUAUUUCUAAACUAGCUUCUCACAUACCAUGACCCAUAACACUCUUAUUCAGCAUCCAGUGUCCUGUCUGAACUACUGCCAGUUUUCUGAUCUUUUACACAGGGUUCAAGUUGAACACAAAGCACUGUAAAUCAAUGACUACUCUCUGCUACAAGUACAAGCCAAGCCAUGUCUAGUUCUUUAUUAUUAUUUAUCAAAGCAAUAAGGCACUAGCGGUUACGCUAAAGGGAACACAUCAUGCGAGAGAAACAGGAUCUAAAACAGUGCCUUAAUAAUUUGCCGAGUCGACCGGUUUUUAGGAAAUUAGUCUUGGACAUAAUUUAUUGUUGAAAAGUGUUUUGGUUUGUUUUUUAAACACUGGAAACAAAACUGAGGUGUUUUGUUGCUUUCCUGUGUAGCUACAGAUUGUGCUACUGCCCUCGAUUUUGUCCUUAACUGACACGACCUGGUAGCAUAAAGGUAUGGCUGUUCUUAUCAGAGCAGUGAUUUGGCUUGUAUAUGUAUAUAAUAUGAUGGAUAUUUUGUAGUGGAUCUGCACGUGUUUAGCUGCUUUCCUUUGCAUGUUCAUAAACCAUGUUCCUGUAUGCAGGACACUUACAUGGGCAGUGGUGUGUUUUAAAAAUAAUGGAAACAUCGAAAAGAAAUCAUUUCUGAUGAAGCUCCCAAUUGGAACAAAGCUCCAACUUUGCGUCAUUCUCAUUGACUUUGUGUCAGAGGAUUUUUAUAUGUAAAAUAAUAAUAAUGUGCUUAAUUACACAGGCUCAUUUUAAAAACUGGUUAAAGCAAUUUAUCAGUAAAUACUUCCCUAAUGACCUUAUUUAUUAAAAAUGUGCACUGAAAGAAGGAUUAUGAUGUUUUUGCCUGUAGCUCUGAACUUGACCUGCAUUAUUACUGUGUGGAUAAAUAUCAUCAUACAUUUGCCUGUUAAAAAAAAAAGUAAGACCAAAAGUAUUGAGUAUUGAGACCAUUGUUACGACACAUUCUCAGUUUUAAGCCACUGCUUUUUUAAUUUUCACUGAGUAUCCCAUUUUAACAAAAACCUCUAAUCCUGUUUCCAUCUGGCAGUCAAGCUGUUUUGUGAAAUGUGUAGUGUAAAAUAAAAUGUAAUUAAAUGUC